AUGGAUCCAAUGCCAAAAGAAGGAACUAAUGAGACUAUUCCGUUAAAACCUCUAGUAGGUUCAAGAUCUUAUAUGCCAGUAUCUGAAGUUGGUCGAACAUUUGGCACGACUUAUUUUCUUUUUUCGACACUACUUGCGUCUAUCAUUCCAAUAAUUCAAUUAGGAGUUGGCUUAUAUUACAAAGGUAAAUGUCCAAUUGAUCAACAUAUUCCAACUUAUAUGAUCGUUGCUGGUGUAUGUGGUUUAGCAUUAGCUGCACUUUCAUUAUUUCUUACUGUUACAUUUAAAUGCUUUAUUUCGGAUUCAGCAGCAUUAACAAUAUUGGCUAGUUGUGGUAUAUGUUUAAAUUUGGUAGCAACAUUUCUUAUUUCAAUUUUUGUUUUUAUUUGGUUUAUUCUUGGUUGUGUGUGGGUAUUUAGUAUUCGUCACCAAGUACAAUUUGAAUCUCCAUUAAAGCCUAAGUAUUGUCAUCCUGUCUUAUAUAAAACAACAUUCGCUUUGCUCAUUAUAACAAUCAUUUGGGUUUGUGUUCAAUGUUGUUUAUCAUGUUAUCGAACAUGUAAUCCACGUCGAAAGCCUUAA